AUGGAAACGCAAGUAGACGAGAUCUUGGCAGUCAGCACAGAUUAUUAUCAAGUGCUGGAUAUUGAACCAGAUGCCACAACUCAAGAGAUCCGACAGGCUUACAUUCGGACGAGCCGCUGGUGCCACCCUGACAAAUUUGUACCUUGCUAUCCACCUGCCACCGAAUGUUUUCAAUUGGUAAAGGAAGCUUAUGAAACUCUCGGUGAUCCAAUUGCUCGGCGAAAAUAUGAUUUGGCACGCUUUACCAUGCCUUUGCUGGAUCAUGAUCAAGAAGAAGACAACAUUGAAUAUGCAGGCGACGUGUUUGAACGAAUGCUUUAUCAGGCGUAUGAGGACAUGAUGGCGGGAGAGUUUCAAGCGUUAAGGGCACUAUUAUGUGUUGUUCGUGGUACUGAUGACGAUGUGGAUAAUUACUUGCUGGAUCGAAUGGAAGUAGGAUUGCGUAACGUGCACCAUGUGCUGACACGUACACGUCGAUGCUAUACUGCUAUUCGUGAUGAUUUGUUAAACUUAUAUGAGCUUCAGCAGCAAUUACGGUCAUUAUCAUAUUUCAAUGUUGUGGGGCGGAUACGACUAUCGAUGGAGAUAUGCAAGAUCAUGCUUACAAUGACUCUUAGAAAGGGCACUGGUGUCCAUGUGCCACCUACAGUGGAGCGUACAUUGAUGGGCAUCAUUGAUUUAUUGGAUACAUUGAAGGAACAAAUCUAG